AUCGCGUGCGCAUACGCCGGUCGUCUCGCAGGCAAACAUACUACCGAUCUCAACUUGACAGUUUAAUAGCCGAAACUUCAUUCUCUGUUCUCUGGUCGAAACUAUGACAAUUAUCGUGAGUGUGUGUGAUAAAUGAUAACUAUAUAAUAAAGUGUUGUUUUAAAAUUUUAAGGUUUUGUGAUUUCAUUUAAAGCAAAUAAAUGGCAGCGAUACACAAUAAAGUGGUUUACGGUGGUCCAGCGUUGUGUAUACCUGCACACCUCAACUUCGGUCAGCAUAUUCUGGACACAUUCAAAACUAUAUGUGAGGAAGAAGCAGACCGUGUGGCAAUCAUCAACGGCGAAACUGGCGAAAACACAACAUACAUAAAGUUGCUGCAAGAUCUCGUGGACUUCGGCACUGGGCUGAAGAAGUUGGGCGUGAAGCGCGGCGAUAUCGUCGCCUUGUGCAGCGAAAACCGCACCGAGUACCUGGUGGCCGGGAUAGCAGCCAUCACCUGCGGCGCCUGCAUUACACCGCUCAGCACGCAUUAUACUAAAGAUGAGAUGAUCCACGCGUUAAAUAUUUCCAAGCCAAACAUUUUAAUUAGCUCUGAAGUAGUGAAUCAAGCUAGUUAUUCCACAUUCAAAUCUUCACCUUUCAUCAAGACCGUGAUACAAUUGAACGGCGUGCCAAAAGAGAGUAAUGUUUUAUCAUAUAAAGAUAUAGCAAUACCGACCUCUAUACAAGAUUAUGAAGUUGCGGAUGUGCAGGGUUGGACCGACGUGUGUUACUUAUUAUACUCAUCAGGCACAACGGGAUUACCAAAAGGAGUGAUGCUUACACACGUAAACGUUCUGUACUCUGUUUCCAAUUUCAGUGUAGAGGACGGGUCUUACCCAGAUUUAAUAUUAUUGACUAUAGUUCCUUGGUAUCACGCAUACGGUUUGAUGUCGACCGUUAAUUACCUAGCUUGUAAGAAGAAGUUAGUCUAUUUGACAGGAUUCAAUCCUCACACAUAUCUUAACGCGAUUCAGGAAUACAAGGUAAACGUCCUCUUAGCAGUCCCUCCUAUAGUGGUAUAUUUAGGAAAAUCGCCUCUCACAAGCAAGUAUGAUCUAUCGUCGGUCUUGAUAGUCUUCUGCGGUGCUGCACCACUGACUUCGGAAACUAUUAGCGAUGCCCUAAAGAGUUUACCUAGCUGUCUCGGAGUAUUCCAGGCAUAUGGCAUGACAGAGACAUCAUUGGCCGCUACAACCGACAAGGAUUUCGAAAAAAGUAAAUCAGGAAGUGCUGGUUACCCUAUCAAUGGUGUGAAAGCUAAGGUAAAUUUUGAGUUAAUUCUUAUAGUAAUAAUAAGUUUCAAAUUGAUAUAAAAUAGAUUUAAUUUCAAAUUCAGGAAAUGUCAGUUCAAUACCUUUUUAAGUUUGCAUAAAUGUGUGAGUAAAUAAAGUAAAUGUGGGAAUAAAUAAAUGAAGAUAAAAAUGUAGGCAAAAGACAUUGCAAAUAUAUUGUGUAAGUAAAAUUUUAUAUAAGUAUAUUUAAAAAUCUACUACUUUUAAAUGGGUAAAAUAGCAAUAUAUCGCACUCACUUUAGGUUGUGGACAUCGAGACUCGGCAAAAGUUGGAUUGCUACGAAAGCGGGGAGGUGUGUCUGAAAGGUCCCGUGACCAUGAAGGGGUACGCCGGCAACGAUGCCGCCACCCGAGACAUAUUUGACGAGGAGGGCUACCUGAAGACUGGCGACAUCGGCUACUACGAUAAAGACGGCUGUUUCUUCGUCAUCGACAGGCUAAAGGAGCUCAUUAAAUACAAAAGCAACCAGGUGCCGCCAGCGGAGGUGGAGAGUGUGUUGUUGGAGUGCCCGGGCGUAGCCGAGUGUGCGGUGGUGGGUGCGCCCGACGAGGCGGCCGGCGAGCUACCCACCGCCUUCGUGGUGCCCAAGCAGAACGCACGCCUCACGCACAAGGAAGUCAUCGAGUUCGCCGCCAGCAGGUUAUCCUACCACAAACGCCUGCACGGAGGUGUGAUAUUCGUAGACUCAAUUCCAAAGAAUCCAUCCGGGAAGAUUUUGCGCCGAGUCCUCAGACAACAGUUAGCACAAAAACAAAAGAGUAAAAUAUAAUAAUAAAUAUACCUUUAGAUUUUAAAGGAAAGGGUACAAAAUACUUGCC